AUGGAGACUGAAGGGAUAGCAACAGAGCGCCGCUUCACACAGCAGCAGCCGCCUGAUCUACUUCCUCUUACUAUAUUGUUUACAGACAUCCUGAAGUGUGGCGGUGAUGCUGCGGUUGCCAUAGCAGCAGCAUUGGCGGUAACAGAGCCAUGCAGCACUGCACUUGGUGGAGACGCCUUCUGCUUGUUCUACAAUGGAAACACCGGAGAGAUUCGUGGAAUUAACAGCAGUGGCCGUUCACCCCGCACCCAGAACCUGGACGUCCUGACAAGUCGUGGUUACAGUGCAGAGAUUGAUACUUUGAAUAUGACGGUACCGGGGGCCCCUGCAUGCUCGAGUGAUACCAUGCAACUGUUUGGUAGUGGGAAGGAGGGACUCUGUUUUCUGUCCCUGCAAGUGCUGCUGAGUCGGGCAGUGGAACUGGUAGAGGUGGGGUUUCCUGUUGCAGAGGUAACGGCUUACCACUGGGCGAAGUCUGUGGCCAUCCUGCAAAACCCUGGCAAGGAUCUAGGUGGAGACCUGCUGAUUGAUGGUCAUGCACCAAAGCAUGGACAAGUUUUCAGAAACCACGCCCUGGCACUGGCACUGAAGGAUUUCCUUAUGCGGAGCUUUGGUGAAUGUGGCAAACCAGCGUUUUACCAAGGCAGAGUGACCCAGGCCAUCGUUGAUGUCAUCGGAAAAUGUGGAGGAGUCAUGAACCUGGAUGACCUCAGCAGCCAUGACAGUGAGGUCAUUACCCCCAUAAGUACACAGUAUAAGGGUGUACGUCUGUGGGAGCCUCCUCCAAACACUCAGAGAUUGGCUGCCCUGCUGCUGCUUAACAUCCUGCAGAAUUUUCCUCUCAAAGCUCUGGGCCAUAACAGCUCUGACUACAUCCAUGUGUUGGUGGAGGGAGUCCGUUUGACGUUGUCGGACACUUUCCGUAUCCUGGGUGACUCAGACCAUAUGACCGUCCCUGUGGACAUGAACAAGGACUACAGUCAGCAGUGGGCUCAGCUCAUCAGUAUGGACAGGGCCCUGGAGGGGGUGGAGCCUGGUCUGAUAAGAGGAAGUGGCACAGUUUAUUUGACUGACAGUCAAGGGAACGCCUGUUAUUUUGUCAACAGCCUCUACAUGGGCUUUGGAACCAGGCUGGUUCCUAAAGACUGUGGAUUCUCACUGCAGAAUCGUGGCACCAACUUUUCUCUUUGUUGUAACCAUGCCAAGUGUACUGCUGGCGGUAAACGGCCAUACUACACCAUAAUGUCCACCCUCGUCACCGAAUCUGGCGCCAGAAACCAAAAACCAUGACUCCUUGCUGCUCUGGGUGUAAUGGGCGCUUUCAUGCAACCGCAGGCGCACGUCCAGGUGCUGUUGAACAUGCUGGAGUUUGUUAUGAAUCCUCAACAGGCUCUGGAUGCACCAAGAGUCUACGUCAGCUACAUGUCAGCAACAUCUGACGAGUGGUUGGUUAAUCUCGAGGAGGGGCUGGACCAGGAUAUAGCUGAUGAGCUGCACCAAGAGACACUGUGUGGGAUGAAAAAUUUGGGAAAUAAAGUCAGCUGGCCGGUUAUCGGGCUAUUUCCUGUUCAUGCGCACACAGGCAACAAGAGGUCUCAGUUUGGGUGGGGACAGAUCAUCACAGUGGGGGAUUGGUGGAAGCCAUCUGUCAGUGAAGCCGAGCAUCCAACCACGGUGUUGUGGGCGGGAUCUGACCCCAGAGCAGAUGGAUGUGCUCAGGUAUACUAAAGAAAGCCUUCAAACUGAACAAGAUUCUCUCUGAAAACAAAUGAUUCACCUCAAGAGCACAAAUAGUGUUUAUAG